AGUCAAGAGCUGGUGUUGCCAUCCAAAUCCCAGGGAACAGGCACAGAAUCAUCAUGUAGAGUUUCAAAGCUGAAGAAUGAGAAUGCAGUGACUGCAGUUGUUUAGGAUCAACCUCAAGCAGAUAGUAAGACUCUGCGAAACAUUGGGAAUAGCAUCAUUCUCUGGAGCUUGACGACAAUGGGAAUGUCAUCCAGACUGGAUUUGUUGUGGUGGAUUUGCUUCUGGCGCAGCGGUUUAGUAACACUUGUCUGAUUGCAUUGCAGUGUGAGAAGAUCAUAGGGAUGCUGUGAAGCCAAAGCAUUUAUUUCCAGCCGCUGUCGUUGUAACAUCCGCACCUCAGGAAACAUGUAUGCCUUCUAUUCUCUGCUGGUGUACAUCUUCUACACCGUUUUCAAAAAGGAGGAUGAGGCAGCACUCGAGGGGGCGUUCGGAGAAUCCCCGGAGGAGCCUGGCCAUGUUUCCAUGGAAACAGAGAGCAAGGGGAAGGGUAGCCACACCCCCAGGUUGGGCAAAAGAGGGUGUGCAAGUCUGAGUGAUUCGAGCAGCAGUAGUGAUAGCGAUGGGACGUCCCUCAGUGAUGAAGAUGAUGAAUUUGACGAAGGUCAUGGAUUACCUGCCAAAACACCAUUAACAGCUUUCCUGUCUUUCAAGCAAGAGGCAGAAAGGAGAAGAGCCACUAAUUCUCCAGCAGAACCAAAUGAAAAGGUGACAGAGUCUCCAUUGCUGUCUGUGAUGUCACACCUCCUGAGUUUCCUGGAGCAAUAUUCCCACCUGCAACAGCUGCAGCAGCAGGCGGAUCAGUACCGUCUGCAGCUGCGCAGACACCGCGUCCAGCACUGGCGGAAAAUGAAGGCCCUGCGUGCCUCCUACCGCCAGCGCCUCAAAGACAAGAACAGUGUGAUUAACAGCCUGGAGGAGGUGAUUGCUCAGCAGCAGAGCCCAUCAUAUGAAAAUGAGGGUGACUGCAUGCUUCCUGCAGCGUCUCCGGUUGGGCUGCAUAAGUUGGUUCAGUCUCUCUGCAGGCUGCAAGUAGAGAAGAGUCAGCUGAGAGGAGAGCUGCGAUUGCUUCAUUCCAAGCUUGAGCAGAGAGAUCGAGAUCGCCAUACUAACGUACAGGCUUUCCAACAGCAGAUUGAGGAGCUGAAGAGCUGUAUUGAAGAAAGAGAAGAGGAGCUGUCCAAACUCAGAGUUGCAUCGGGUGUAACAGACUCAGAAAAACGAGUGCUUUGCUUAUCAGCAGAGAACGAUAGUUUGAAACACAGCCUCACAGUGACACAGGGUCUUCUGCAGCAGCUGUCAGUCAUCCCAUCCCAGUCCAGCUCCGUGCUCAUCAAGGAAAACGAGAACCUGCGCAGUCGCGUUCUGCAGCUGGAGAGUUCACUGCAGCAGCGGGCAGAGCAGCUGUCACGUCUGGAGCACCAGAGGGAGCAAAGCGACUGGAGAAAAGCAGAAGAGCUCAGGAGACGAGAGGAGAGCGUGAGAGAGCUGCGGCUCGAAUUGGACAAAGAACGCAACAAGGAGCCUGUGGUUAAAUAUGUUACCCAAACUGUGGAGGUAGAGUCACCUUCAACUCUACGCCAACUAUCCGAAGCCAGACAACAGAAUGAACAGCUUUCUGAGAAGCUAAGCAAUCAGAGAGAACGAUGCCGACAGUUGGAGGAGAACAUCAGGCAUUCAGAUGAAGUCAGCUGCAAUUUGCAACACAAGAUUGCUGCAUAUGAGAGGGAGAUUGGGACAUUAAGGGAGGAGCUGCUGAAGGAGAUUGGACAUCUUGAGGAAAAGAAAGAAGCGGCUGUAAAAGCGGCAGCUAACUGCUCUCAGGAGCAUCUCCAGAGCCUGCAGGAUCAGUUCACAACCCUCCAGAAGCGUCUGAGUGCUCUGCCUCCCACAUUACGCACCAUGAAGACUGAUUAUGCCAGCCUUCGCAGCCAGGUCCGCAACUUUUCUGACUUCUAUGGAACAGCUAUCAAAGAAGCCAAGAAACAGAUUAUGGCAGCUAUAAAUGAGAUGUCAGAGGCCAACAAAGACCUUUUGGAAAAAUACAGAAAGGAGGUAGCUCUCCGCAGGAAGUACCACGAGCAGCUGGUUGAGCUUAAAGGUAAUAUCCGUGUGCUGUGCCGUGUAAAGCCAGUACUGAAGGAAGAUCAACAUGAAGAAGGCCAAGCAGUAGUUGUGACAACAGACCCCAAUAAUGAAUCUGCACUCACAGUUUUAAGCAAAGGAAAGGCUAAAAACUUUGAGCUGGAUAAAGUCUUCCACCCUCAGGCCACUCAAGAAGAGGUGUUCCAGGAAAUUGAGCCACUCAUCACAUCCUGUAUAGAUGGAUAUCACGUUUGCAUCUUUGCUUAUGGCCAGACAGGAUCUGGCAAGACCUAUUCUAUGGAGGGAACCGUUGAGAACCCCGGCAUCAACCAGCGAGCCCUGAAACACCUGUUCAAUGAGAUUGAGGAAAGAAAAGACAUGUGGACAUACACCGUCAGUGUCAGCUCGGUGGAAAUUUACAACGAGGUCCUGAGAGAUCUGCUCAGUAAGGAUGGAGAGAAACUUGACAUCAAGAUCAACCCUGAUGGGACGGGUCAGCUUCAUGUGCCAGGACUCAGGGUCAUGGAGGUCAAAAGCUUCCAGCAUAUCAAGAAAGUGAGUUCAUAUGUCAAGAUAAUGCUGACUAUACAAAGACCACUCUCUCCAAUGAUCUGUUGUUACUUUUUGCAGAUUUUGGCCAUAGCUCGAAAGAACAGGAUUACAUUUGGAACACAGAUGAACCAGCAUAGCUCUCGAUCUCAUGCCUUGCUCACUGUGACUGUGCUGGGCACAGACCUCGCCAGUGGAGCCAAAACCACUGGCAAGCUGAAUCUCGUGGAUUUGGCUGGUUCUGAGAGGGUGUGGAAGUCUGGGGCAGAGGGGGAGAGACUGAAGGAAGCCCAGAAUAUCAACCGCUCACUGCUGGCUCUAGGAGAUGUGAUCCAGGCCUUGAAGGCCCACCAGACUCACAUACCCUUCAGGAACUCACGACUCACCUACCUGCUGCAGGACUCACUGGGAAAAGGCAACAAAACCGCCAUGGUUGUUCAGGUUUCUUCUCUUGAGAGCAAUGUUGGAGAGACCCUGUGCUCGCUAAAAUUCGCCCAGCGAGUGUGUAAGGUGGAGCUAGGCCCUGCUGCAAGAAAAAUUGAGACGGGGGGACAUAACGAAAGCAAAAAUUAAUGCAUACCAUCAACCCUCACAAGUAAACACCAGAAAUGGCAUCAACUCAAGCCUUGCACUUUUCCAAUCCUACUCAAGGGCUACAGUUCUGGUAACAUCUGUGAUGCCACAUAAGUUCCAGUUUCUUCCUGCUACUUAGCAAUGGCUUUUCUCCACCAGCUGAUCUGCAUGUCAAAGUCUCACCAACACCACCAAUAUCUAGACAAGCUCUCUGUCACCAUAAGUUCAAAAUAUCACAGAAAAUUCUCCACAGGGAAGACUGGUGAGGAUAUUUCAGUAAAUCUUGCAAAAAAACACUUUGUGGAGUCACUACACAAGAGGCCACAGUAUCGUAAUUGUGUAAUGCUUAAAGGUUCUACUGAU